AUGAGCUUUUCCAGUCCUCCUCGCAAACGCGUCAAGCUCGAGUCGCCAUCGCCGCCACCGGAAAUCCAAGAUGCAGAGGAAGACAACUGCAGCAUAUGCCUACAAGCCCUCGUUGACCGGACCGUCGUCCCUACUUGCUCGCAUGAGUUCUGUUUUGAUUGUCUCGUCGUUUGGACUGAGCAAUCAAGGAAGUGUCCGUUGUGUACUCAGACAAUUGGAGAGUACCUGAUUCAUCGGAUCCGGUCGCGGUACGAUUAUCAGAAGCAUUAUUUGGCGCCUCUGUCAAAGCCAGGACUGUUGCCGUUACGCGCUGCACCGCAACGAGAACCCGAUGUGCGUAGACGAAGGCGCAGAAGGGAGUGGGGAGGACGACAGCAGGAGGAGGCGGAUAAGCUGGAGCGGUCGAUAGAGAAGCGACGGUGGGUGUACGAACAUGGGCUUUAUGCCAAGCAUGUCGCUUCUAAUGGGUAUACAAAGUACCGGCCGUACCCCACUCCAGCGCAGUUCGCUGCUAGCCCGGAGAUGGUGAGCAAGACGAUAAUGUUUCUUCGGCGUGAACUGAGAGUGUGGGAUGAUCUUGACGUUGAGUUCUUCACGGCGUUCACGAUAUCUCUCAUGAAAUCUAUCGAUAUACGCUCUGAGUCGGCUGUGAAGCUGUUGGCGGAAUUUUUGGACAUCGAUACGGGUGGAAGGGUUAUGGCAGAACACUUCGCACAUGUAGAGGUCUACUCGUAUGUGCGAUCGCCGUUCAAGGACUUGUUCGUGUAUGACUCCGCGGGCCAAGUGAGCGAUCCUAACACUGCCCAUAUAUCUCUCUGUACUCACAGCUGCUUCACUAGUAUGACACGCCUCCCCACGUGA